AUGGCGGCUGUCCUGGACCUGGUCUCCGCCGGCGGCGACAAGCACACGAUGACUGCGGGCGUCUCGGGCAGCGGGCGCAAUGGCUACGGGAGCGCCGUCAGCACCGUCAACAGCAUGGUCUCGGAGGCUUCCGCGGUGGCUGUGGACGUGUUGGACGUGAUCGGGGGCGUCUCCGCUGGCAUGGUCACGAACGCGACGGUGGCAUUCGGCUCGAGCAGCGAGCGCAACGACAGCAGUAGUCCGCACGGAGGUAGCCGUCGAUGUGGGCAGGGGCUUGCCGGCAUGGGUAUUCGUGCUGGCGCGAAGGAGCACCGUAUUCAGACAGCUUUGGGUUUCGUUAGAAUGAUCAAUUCACACUAG